AUGAACAACCCCGCCCUUUAUCCUCCCAAUAAUCCCUAUGGAUAUACGCCGCAGCAACAGAUGCACCCUCCGCAACAAUCUUUUCCUCCUCCCGGCUACCCAAAUCAUUUCCAAGGCGGUCCUGUCCCGCACGGUUAUCCACAGCAACAUCCAGGGUUCCAACCCCAGGGCACACCCCAGUCCUCCACCCCACAGCUCCCUUCCUCUUCGCAGAAUCUGAGCGCCCCCGGUUCCUCGACGCCUACAUCGGCAGGUCAAAUGAGCAGCAUGAUGGCUCAGCAGAGUCCAUCCGGCUCUAAUCUGGCACAACAAGCGCAGAUGCAGAACGCUGUUCAAGCCCGCUCCAAUAGCCAGCCUCAGCCGAAUCAAGCCAUGUCUCCGCAGUCGCAACAGAGGGAGAAGGCCCGCGUAACCGUCCUGCUCGAGAUCAACACGGCGCUGCUACAAGAGGUGGUUUCACUACAAGGGAAAGGCAUGGCGGGGACUCAGGUCAAUCAACCACAGCAGUCGCCCAGCUCUCCCACAUCCGCGACAGAUAACGCGCUGAACAAUAGCCCGACGACCGAUACUCCGAAACAAGGCAAACCGCCCAGUCAAGAGUAUCAGGACUGUAUGCGUCGUCUACAGGCGAAUCUCUCAUAUUUGGCGACCAUUGCCGAUGCAAAAAAGAAAUCUGCCGGUCCUCUACCUGCUGGACCAGCUAUCAUGAUUCCGCCGCCGCACCUCUCCGGAGUGCAUGAUCUGUACAAGAGACUGAAUCAGCUGUUUCCGGAGGCUAGUCAGUCGACUAUCAACAAGGCCAUGGCGUACGCAAGCGCGCAGGCCAACAAGCAGGGAGGUUGA